CCUUCAUCGACAAGAUCAAUCAACAAUAUGAGGUCUCUGGUCUUCCUUGUGCUCCUGGGAGCAGCUUUUGCUCUGGAUGAUGAUAAGAUUGUUGGAGGGUAUGAGUGCGAGCCCUACUCCAAGCCCUGGACGGUGUCUCUGAACUCCGGCUACCAUUUCUGCGGUGGUUCCCUGGUCAACGAGAACUGGGUCGUGUCUGCUGCUCACUGCUACAAGUCCCGUGUUGAGGUUCGCAUGGGCGAGCACCACAUCAGAGUGACUGAGGGAAAUGAGCAGUUCAUCAAAUCCUCCCGCGUCAUCCGCCACCCCAACUACAGCUCCUACAACAUCGACAACGACAUCAUGCUGAUCAAGCUGAGCAAGCCCGCCACCCUCAACCAGUACGUGCAGGCCGUGGCCCUGCCCACCAGCUGUGCCGCCGCUGGCACCAAGUGCCUCGUGUCCGGCUGGGGCAACACCAUGAGCUCCUCUGUUAGCGGUGACAAGCUCCAGUGCCUGGAGAUCCCCAUCCUCUCUGACCGCGACUGUGACAACUCCUACCCCGGCAUGAUCACCGACGCCAUGUUCUGCGCUGGAUACUUGGAGGGCGGCAAGGACUCUUGCCAGGGUGACUCUGGUGGCCCCGUGGUGUGCAAUGGUGAGCUGCAGGGUGUUGUGUCCUGGGGAUACGGCUGUGCUGAGGCCGGCAACCCCGGUGUCUACGCCAAGGUUUGCCUCUUCAACGACUGGCUCACCAGCACUAUGGCCAGUUAUUAAGUCCUGUCCUAAGACCUGGACGACCAGCAGACUCAAGUUCCUGACUCACUGGAAAGGCUCACAAAUGAACAACUUGCCAUUCAGUGUCUCACUGUAACAUCAUAUUGUGCAGUCACAGCACAACCCUCUGUCACAGAGAAGUUGUGUGAAAAUAAAUGGUUGUGAAAAAUGA